AGGGAGACGCCCCCCCGCCCCCCGCCUCGCUCCCGGGGUCACGUGGGGUGCUCGCUCUUAAAGGGACAGGACUGGGAAUAGAAAGCGGAGAGGAAAUUGAAGGGGAAAUUGGGAAUGUGGGGAGGGAGCAACGGGCACGCGGGUCUCCUGCUCGCCUUUGGCUUCGUACUGCGCCGUGACUCGGUGAUGGUGUCAUUGAUUAAGUGGUGGCACAGCAGGUGUGAACACAAGGAAAGUGAACCCAGGCCGCGGCUGCUCUAAUGAAGCUCUGUAGCGUAUCAGUCCUCUGGGGUCCACGAUGGAGCCGCUUCGCACCUCAUGACGUCAUUGUGCAGCUUCGUGACGUCGCGGCGCCCCUCUGCAGCCACCUGUGCCACCCCGCCACACUCAACGUGGCGCCCACCACGCUCAGCAUGGGGUUCGCGCCACACCCAAGAUGGCGAAUGCGCCACUCCCUCCUCUCGAUGUGGCAGCGGCACUUCCGGUAGACCCCGGAGCACUUCCGGCGGCUCUGGGCUCUCUUCCGGCCAUGGCGCCGAGCGUGGCGGACCGGCUCCUGGAGCGGCUGGACCAGGCCGGGGCUUCCGGGGGGCUCUGCAGCAUCGAGGCCGCCGCCGAGCUCGGCGUCGACCACCAGACGCUCGUGGGCGCCGUCAAGAGCCUCCAGGCGCUGGGCGAGGUGAUCGAGGCGGAGGCGCGGACGGCCACGCGAUGGGAGCUGAGCCCCGAGGGCGAGGAGGUGCUGCGGGACGGCAGCCCCGAGGUGCGGCUGUUCCGGAGCCUCCCCGAGGAGGGAAUGCCCCAGGGCGAGGCCAUGAAGCUUCCCGGAGGCUCCUUGGGCUUCAGUAAGGCCAUGGCCAACAAGUGGGUGCGCCUGGAUAAGGGAGCGCCCGGCGGUCCCCGCGUUCUGCGCGCCGUGCCCUCGGUGCAGGACACGGUGCAGGAACACCUGGGGCAGGUGAGGACAGGGAGGGCCCAGGCCCUGCCCGAGAGGGACCGCGCCGAGCUCAAGAGGAGGAAGCUGCUCCUGGAAAUGACCCUCAAGUCCUACUGGAUCCGCAAAGGCAGCGCCUUCAGCACGGCCGUGGCGCGACCGGAGACGGAGCUGACCCCGGAGAUGAUCGCCACAGGUUCCUGGCGCCAGCUGCCCUUCAAACCCUACAACUUCUCCUCCCUGGGGCUACCCCCGGCCUGCGGUCACCUGCACCCCCUGCUCAAGGUGCGCUCGGAGCUGCGCCAGAUUUUCCUGGAGAUGGGGUUCACGGAGAUGCGCACGGAUAAUUUCGUGGAGAGCUCCUUCUGGAAUUUCGACGCUCUGUUCCAGCCGCAGCAGCACCCGGCGCGUGACCAGCACGACACCUUCUUCCUGCUGGACCCUGCUGAAGCCCCCCAGUUGCCCCCUGGCUACUACACCAAGGUGAAGAAGGUGCACUCGCAGGGAGGCUACGGCUCACAGGGGUACAGGUAUGAGUGGAAGGUGGAGGAGGCACGGAAGAACCUGCUGAGGACCCACACCACAUCAGCCAGUGCCCGUGCCCUGUUCCAGCUGGCACGGCAGGAGAAGUUCACCCCCGUGAAAUAUUUCUCCAUCGACCGCGUGUUCCGCAACGAGAGCCUGGACGCCACGCACUUGGCAGAGUUCCACCAGGUCGAGGGGGUCGUGGCCGACCGGGGGCUCACCCUGGGCCACCUCAUGGGCACCCUCCGACAGUUCUUCACCAAGCUGGGAAUCUCCCAGCUGCGUUUCAAACCUGCCUACAACCCCUACACGGAGCCCAGCAUGGAGGUGUUCAGCUACCACGAGGGGCUGAAGAAGUGGGUGGAGGUGGGAAACUCGGGGGUCUUCCGCCCCGAGCUGCUGCUGCCCAUGGGGCUCCCCGAAAACAUCUCCGUCAUUGCCUGGGGGCUCUCGCUGGAGCGACCCACCAUGAUCAAAUACGGCAUCAAGAACAUCCGGGAGCUCAUGGGGCACCGCGUCAACCUGCAGAUGGUCUACGACAGCCCCAUGUGCCGCCUGGACGUGUGACACCCCCCAUCUCCCCGGGGGUCCCCUCCUUUUGGGGAGGGGUCCCCAACCCCCAAUAAAGCCCUGUGUUCUGCGGUG